AUGACAGGCAAGUGUGCCCUAUCUGAGCCAGCGCCGCACCGCUUUAAGCGUCGGUAUGUCCUCGCCUUGUUUACUGCGCUUGCCGCAGCGCUUUUCGCUGUGAUUGCAAACAAUGGGACUCACAAUCCAUCUGUACAAGAAUACUACACAAGCCUCGAGUCACGCUUGGGUUACUACCUCCUGCUGGGAAAUACGCGGCACUGUGGACUCUACCCCCGCGGCCAGUUGUGGCCGUUCCCUGUCGGCAAAGCACAGCGGGCUAUGGAAGAUUAUCUCUUCACCAGGCUGAAUCUCAAGCCUGGGUCUCGCAUCCUAGACGCUGGUGCAGGAUCUGGAUAUGUGGCUAUGCGCCUAGCGGAGAAAGGGCUUACAGUCGAAGCCGUCGACAUCACGCCGCUGCAUGUCGAGGAUGCUCGUCGCAACGUGGAAGCCCGUGGGCUCCAAGAUAAGAUCUCCGUUCGACUAGGAGACUAUCAUAAUCUCACGGAUUUCAAUGACGCAUCUUUUGAUGGCAUCUAUACGAUGGAAACCUUCGUGCACGCAGACGACCCCUUGAGAGUGCUGCAAAAUUUCUAUCGCUUACUUCGCCCGGGUGGCGUACUCGUGCAGAAUGAGGCUGACUUCAACCGGAAUUCUGAGCUGUUGCAAGAUGUGCUCCGGCUUUCACAUUGUCAAAACACCCUUGAGGAAGGUGCCCUGAGGGAAAUGCUCGAACAAGUUGGCUUCAAAGAUGUUGAUCUAGAUGACCUCACCGAUGAGGUCCUCCCGCUAUGGCGCUUAUUUGGCGUCAUUGGGUACGUUCCUUAUCAGAUCUUGCGGCUCUUUGGACUACACACCCGCUUCACAAAUCUUAUGGCCGGUGUCGAGUCGUACCUCCAUUGGGGUGAGGGAAGGUAUAUUUCUGUCAGAGCUAUCAAGCCUUGA